AUGGCUAAACAACAAUUUUUCGUGUUGUGGAAAGGAGGGCUGGCGACGGGAAUGGGGAUGAGGAUGGGAAUGAACUGUACGCGCUCGAUGCCGCGGGUUGCGACGCAUACGCUUUCGAGAUCGAUUUGUAGGGGGAGGAGUGUGGGGUGGGGUUGGGAGGGGAGGAAUGGGGGUGCGCUUUUUUCUGAUAUCAAACAACCAACGCCUCCACCCACACCCCUCAAGAAACCCCUCGAAGUCCUAAAAUCCAUGGAAUCGCUCACUCCCCACGAAAACAUCUAUACCGUCCCCAAUAUUCUGACCUUUUCUCGUCUCAUCGCUGCGCCCAUUUGUGGAUACCUCGUUCUGCAUGAUCAGCAUGCGUGGGCUGUUGGACUCUUUGCCUAUGCUGGAAUUACAGAUUUGGUAGAUGGAUGGAUUGCGAGGAAAUGGAAUUUGCAAACGGUACUGGGCACGAUUGUUGAUCCGAUGGCGGAUAAGACGCUGAUGACGAUUCUGACGGUUUGUUUGGCGAUCAAGGGGUGUUUGCCUGUCUGGCUCGCAACCAUAAUCCUCGGCCGCGACAUUGCGCUCGCCAUUUCCGCCUUCUACUUGCGAUGGAUUUCUCUCCCUCCCCCCAAAACCUUUUCUCGUUAUUGGGAUUUUUCACUUCCAUCGGCGGAGGUACAUCCAACUACUAUUAGUAAGUAUAACACGGCAUUGCAGCUGGGAUUCAUUGGAGCGACGACGGCUUUGCCGUUGAUUACUUGGGAUGUUGGAAUUGCUAUGACGGGGUUUCAAUACCUAGUAGCCACAACCACCAUUUGGAGCGGAUUGAGUUACAUCUACACCAAAGAUACCAUCAAGAUUGUCGGCCAACCAGAUGCUACCAAGAAGGCAAAUGAACAGGGACAGGGACAAUCCGAUAAGAAGCAGUGA